AUGGACGCACUGUCAGCUGGUCUAGAGAAAUUCAAAGAAGCUCAUCAUGGUCAUAAGGCUGAAGAAAAAGCUGCAAUAGCGAAUGAUCCAAAUGUUAAACCAUCGGAACGUUUGGAUGCUGCAUUUGAAGCUGAAAAACAUAAACAAAAAGAAGUUGAACAUGCCUGUAAAGCGGAUUGCAAGGCAGACGAUCAUAAACAUGAUCAUAAACGUGAUCCAAACGAUCAUAAACAUAAUCAUACACAGGAUCAUUAA